AUGCCUUCUAAAGGAGAGAAAGGCAACCUAAAGCGGGAUAGAGCAGGAACGAUCGAAGAGAGCGAAUCAUACAAAAAACCACGUCGAUCCGAAAGACUCUCACAACCAGGUCAUACCCCAAUCUCGAAUAAACAGCACCUGCCUUCGCCCAUUACAAAUUUAGAAUCUUCUUCCUCAACCAAUAGUUUGAGAGAUGGCACUGCAACUCCUCCAGAGGGUCGACCGAGCCAGAUUCAGCAUAGAACUCCAGAACCAACUGACAAUUUCGGUUCAAAGGCGCAAAUUUUCUCAUCUCCCAUCGCCAAGUCUCAAGCAAAGACUCAAGAAUUCAGUCAAACCCAAGAACUGAGUCAAUUGCCAGCAGAAGAUGAGGAAGAGGAAGGUGUUUGGGGAUACUUGAUGCCUCUCAAUUACAAAUACGGAAGGCUCCUUGUUUUACGGAAGAGAAAUGCCUGUCCGUUACCAGAUAAGAACAGUGACCUUGGGAACCCUGGUAAAGACAAAGAUUUAAAUAAGGAAGAAGAUGCUUAUGAAGCCACUAAGUUUAAGGGAAUUGCUUCGGGUGGAUAUUUGAUCGGACGGCAUCCGGAGUGUGAUCUCGUCAUUGAUGAUAUCAGGGUCUCAAAUAGGCAUUGUCUCAUGUUCACCGAGAAUCAAGCAGGUCUGAAUGUUGCCGUCAUUGAGGAUUUAUCAAGUAAUGGCACUUUUGUCAACGAGUGUGUGAUCGGACGAAACAAGCGUCGGCAACUCGAAGAUGGAGAUGGGAUACAGAUAUUGAAUGAUGCCAGGUUUGUCUUUCGAUACCCGAAGCUGCGGGAGACCAGCAAAUUCUUGCAAAAGUACACAGUUCUAGAAAAGCUCGGGUCAGGUCAUUAUGCAACAGUUUAUUUAUGCGUCGAAAAAUGUACGGGUCAACGUUUCGCGGUCAAAAUAUUUACAAGAAAACCGGGGGCAGGGGAAAAGCAGAGGAUCGAAGGUCUACAACAAGAAAUCGCAAUACUUAUGGGUGUCAGCCAUCCGAACAUGCUAUGCUUGAAGGACACCUUCGAUGAGCCCGAUGCGACCUACCUCGUUUUGGAGCUUGCGGCGGAAGGAGAACUAUUCAACUGGAUUGUUAAGAGGGGCAAACUUACAGAACAAGAAACAAGAAAGGUCUUCGUUCAGUUGUUUGAAGGCUUAAAGUACCUGCAUGAACGUGGUAUCGUACACCGAGAUAUCAAACCCGAGAAUAUUUUAAUGACCGAUGAAGAUCUGCAUGUAAAACUUGCAGAUUUUGGUCUAUCAAAGAUUAUUGGAGAGGCUUCUUUUACGACUACGCUUUGCGGCACUCCAAGCUAUGUGGCGCCGGAGAUUCUUCAAGACAACAACUAUCGACGAUACACACGUGCAGUUGAUAUAUGGUCAUUGGGAGUUGUUUUAUACAUAUGCCUCUGUGGAUUUCCACCCUUCUCUGAUGAAUUAUAUACUCGGGACAAUCCUUAUGAUCUCAAAGCACAGAUCAAGAUGGGUAGAUUUGACUAUCCUUCUCCGUACUGGGACAAUAUUGGCGACCCAGCACUAGAUCUUAUUGAUCAUAUGUUAACGGUUGAUCCGGAGAAGCGUUAUACCGUUGAUGAGUGCUUGGCGCAUCCAUGGAUGACACAAAAGACUACCAAUUUCCACGAUAGUACCGAUGGUCUAGUUGGCGGGCUUGCAAAUCUCGACUUUAGCAGGCGCAAGAUAGUGAGAGAGAGAACACUGCUAAGCGACAUAAACGAAGUCAAGGUUUCCAAAAUUAUCCACAUUAAUUCUGACAAAGAACCUGUCAAAGUAUACGUCAAGAAUCCAAACGCCAAACACUGUAUCAACCAACCCGCCAGUCAGAAAGAACCAAUGCAAAACGGGCCCAAUAAUGAAGAGGCACCGGCAGCUAAACGAGAUCCAAACGAGUUCAUUGAGAUGGGCGGUAAGGGUGACCAAACUCUGUUUGACAAUGAUGGGGAGAGCAUCUAUCCAGAGGAUGUAGUGGCGAAGCCUAAGUCCCCCGAGCUGGAGGCGCCAGCAUCCAAAACUCCCGUGUCCAAAACCCCACAGACCAAAACAACAAAACUAAACACUCCGAAAUCUAAAACGCCGAAGAAGACGGGCAAAUGA